UUCAAAGCUCAUUUCAAACCACACACUCAAAACUUACUCUUGAGGAACUGAACAGAGGAGAGACUAGACAGACAGAGAGGAGACUGUGUGUGUGUGUGAGGAAGCAACAAAUGUCCAUAUCCAUGGCGUUAUUCUCUCCGCCGAUCUCUUCUCCACUUCAAAACUCUAACCUCAUUCCCAAGAUCUCACUCUCCCUCCUCUCCACCAAGCGACUCUCUCUCGUCUCCCUCACUCGAGCCUCCUCCGACAACGGUACGUCAACACCCGCUUCCGCAACCACCGUGGAGGCUCCAACUCCAAAGCCUGCCUCUGUAGAAGAGGUUCCGGUAAAAUCUCCGGCGGAAAGCCCCUCCGCGUCUGAAAAUGGCGCCGUUGGAGCCCAAGAGAUUGAUGAUAUGACAACCACCACGAUGACGGAGAUCAAGUUUCAGGACGCGAAGUGGGUUAAUGGAACAUGGGACCUGAAACAGUUCGAGAAAGAAGGCAAAACGGACUGGGACUCUGUUAUCGUUGCUGAGGCAAAGAGGAGAAAGUGGCUUGAAGAUAACCCGGAGACAACUAGUAACGACGAGCCUGUACUCUUCGAUACCUCCAUCAUUCCAUGGUGGGCAUGGAUGAAGAGAUACCAUCUACCCGAAGCUGAACUCCUCAAUGGUCGUGCGGCGAUGGUAGGGUUCUUCAUGGCUUACUUUGUUGACAGCCUUACAGGAGUAGGACUUGUUGAUCAAAUGGGGAAUUUCUUCUGCAAAACACUCUUGUUUGUGGCUGUAGCCGGAGUUCUUUUCAUCCGCAAGAACGAAGAUUUGGAUAAACUAAAGGGUCUGAUUGAAGAGACGACGUUAUAUGACAAGCAAUGGCAAGCGGCAUGGAAAGAGCCGGAGUCAUCAUCGUCAUCAACGGUUUCUUCAAAGAAGUGAAGAAAAUUUAUGGCUUAACAUGUUUCCUCUUUUGUUAUGUGAUGAUGAUAAGUGAAAGUCCCAAGAUAAUUUCUUUAUUGUAUUACUGAUAUUGAGAUUGUAAUCUUUCUGGCUUUAGAAAUCUCCAUGAA